AUGGGGAUGAAGGAGCGAACUCGUCGUGAUGAGCACCGGCACCAUGCCCGCCCCUGCCCAGCGUGCAGCCUCAUUGCUCGCUCCGACGAGCACCACCCGCCCGUGCUGCCCCCCCAGGUGGCCCUGCCCCUGCGCCUGGGUGGCCGGUGGGUCAGCCCCGGGUGCGAGGUGCGCCCCGCCGUGCUGUUCCUCACCAGGCUCUUCACCUUCUACGGGCACAACCGCUCCUGGGAAGGAUAUUACCACCACUUCUCAGACCCCGCCUGCCGCCAGCCCACCUUCACGGUCUAUGCAGCCGGCCGCUACACCAGGGGCACGCCCUCUAGCAAGGUCCUCGGCGGCACCGAACUGGUGUUUCAGGUCACGCAGGCCCGAGUGACUCCCAUGGACCAGGUCACCACGGCCAUGCUCAACUUCUCCGAACCCAGCAGCUGUGGGGGCCCGGGCGCCUGGUCCCUGGGAACCGAGCGGGACGUCACAGCCACCAAUGGGUGCCUGCCACUGGGCAUCAGGCUCCCCCACGUGGAGUACGAGCUUUUCAAGAUGGAGCUAGACCCCCUCGGGCAAAGCCUGCUCUUCAUUGGACAAAGGCCCACGGACGGGUCGAGUCCCGACACCCCGGAGAAGCGUCCCACAUCCUACCAAGCACCCCUGGUGCUCUGUGGCGGAGCGGCUGAGGGAGUCUCUGGGCCCCCGCUGCACAAGCCUCCGCGGAAGCCCCUCAGUGGUGGGGGGCCAUGUCCUCCAGCGGCCCCUCUCCCCGUGCUGCCCCUAGCUCUAGGGCUGGCCUUCCUCAAGCGGUUAUGA